CCAGCUUCGGGUUGCCCCGCCCAUCCGCCCAUGGCUUGGCGGCGGCGUGUUGAGCCGCGAAAAUGUCGAGCGCUUGGCCUGCCCAGCGAGUGGCGCAGCGCGUCUCCUGGAGCGGCGUCCAGGUCGCUGCGGUCCAGGUGCGGCUUGACUCUGACAGCUCGGAGAGCGAGCCGAGCGACGGGGAGGGCGACGCGCAGGCCAAUGUCUUGCAGCUGCUGCCCGUCGAGACCCUCCAGGCGCAGUUUCUGCACAACGCGAACCUGCGGCAGCAGUUCGCCUCGCUGGGCGCCAGCUUCCAGGCCUGGCGCCCCAUCCGCGGAGACGGGAACUGCUACUACCGCGCGGUGCUCUUCGCCUGGCUGGAGCGGUGCCUGGCGCUGAACCUGUCCUUCGAAGCGCUCAGCCGGCGCCUCGAGGAGCCCUCCAUGGCCGGAAGGACGGAGGCCCAGCUCUGCCGCCGGCGCCUACGCGCCUGGCAGCGCGCGCGGCGAAAAUGCGGGGGAGACACUGAGGCGGUAAGGCGGGUGCUGAAGCGUUUGACCCGAGACUUCAACCGAAAACACGUGGACUACGCCUUCAUCUACUGCCUGCGGCAGCUGGUGGCCAGCUACGUGCGGCGCCACGCCAAGGAGCCCAUCGCGGCGGAGCUGACCUUUGAGUCCUGGGCUCUGGCACUGGGGGCGCGCUCCAUCGAGGAGUACUGCCAACAACACAUCUGCUCCAUGCAGAAGGACGCGGCAGACCACGUGCAGUGGGUGUGCCCGCGGGUCUUGCAGACGGUGGUACGGAUUUGCAUGGUGGACCGAGAUACUGCCAGUUGCAAGUUCAUCGACUAUGGCCAGGAGCGGCGGCGCGCGGAGAUGGUCGUACCCACCGCAGCGCACCUCACGUCCGCCGCCUCGAUGUCGGAGCUCCGCGGCGCGCCGGAGAUCUUUCUGCUUCUGAAGCCUGGGCACUAUGACAUCUUGGUGCCCCGGGACAAGGCGUAUCGCCUGCUAACUCCUGAGAGCUCCGGCCUGGAGCGGCAACACUUCCAGGCCGUUUUGAGGUGCCUGGAAGAGAAGCUGGUGCAGUCGCUGAAGCGAAGUCCCAUCGAAGAUCUGGGCCUCUUCCGCGCUCAGCUGCUCAGCGUGCUGGAGCCGCUGCAGGCCGUACUCAAGGCGGAUGACAACGCUUCCGCCUCUCCGCUGCCGGCGCUCGAGGCAUUUCUGCGGGCGGCGGAGCCGCAGUCAAAGCCGGCGCCGGUGCCGGCGCCGGCGCCGAUGGUGGGCGGGGAGUGCUGCAUUUGCCUGCAGCCGGGGGCCACUUUGACGGCGGCGUGCGGGUGUGCAUACCACGGCUGGUGCCUGCAAGACUACACCAAGGACGGCUCCGAGCUGUGCCACCUGCACCGCAGUGCCUUGGGCCCUGAGCUGUUGACGCUCGCGCCCAAGUUGCCGCCGACGGCUCGGCUCGAAAGGCCCGGCUCCUUGGGUGCCGCGCUGGGCAAGCCCUGUGUGAUUUGCUUCGGGGAGGAAGGGGUGCUGAAGACCCUGCACUGCGACUUCAAGGCCCACGUGCACUGCCUCAAAGACUUCUGGGUGCAGAAGGUGGCCACGCUCUGCCGGCUCACUGACAUCCGCUGCCCCGCGGAGGUGGCAGGAUGCAGCUCGAUGCUUCUGGAGGCUGACCUGCGUGAUGUUGUGACCGCCCAGGACCUGGCGCAAGCGCGGCUGCGGAUCCGCGAGGUGGAGGACGGCAACGCGCGGCUCAUCGAGGAGCUGAAGCGGCAGAGCGAGGAGUACCGGCCCACCUUCAGGUGCGCCAUCUGUCUGGUGGACCACGAGGUGGAGGGCUGCUGCACGCUGCCCUGCCAGCACCGCUUCUGCUUCGAAUCCCUGCAGUACCACUUCGACAUCAUCGUGCGCGAAAGGCGCUUGAGCAAGCUGGCCUGCCCGGCAGAGGGCUGUGGCUACAACCUGCGCUCGGAGGAUUCCAUCCAUAUCUUCCAGCAGGUCCUGCCGGAGGACUCCUACUUCAAACUUCUUGAGUUCCUCACGCGGGACGACCCCCGCAUCGUGGACUGCCGAUGCCUAGGCUGCGAGGAGCGGGUCUUCUGCGAGGAGGGGGACGACUUCGCGGACCUCGGCUGCCCCAAGGGCCACCGCUUCUGCGCCCAGUGCGACCUAGGGCCGCACCCCCGGGAGUCCUGUGCUCAACGCGCCGAGCGCCGGCAGCAGCAGGAGAAGUCAGAGGUGUGGAACCAGGUGCUGUCCAUGGGAUGGAAGCCCUGCCCCCGCAGAUGCCGCUACGGGGGUGGCUACAAGGCCCAGGAGGAGUGCGACCACGUCACCUGCGAAUGCGGCUUCGAGUUCUGCUGGGACUGCGGGGUGGAUCGCCGCAUCCCGCUGGCGCACGACAACCGGUGGCACAAGCCCAGCUGCCGCUACCACACCUGCUACGAGGAGGUGGCCGAACUCCCCCGGCCGGAGAGCGCCUGCCCGGCCUGCCGCGCAGCUUGCGCCGGCGUUUGCUGUGCCUUUCCGGCGGACGACGGCUUUCCAGAGUCCUACCUGCGCUGAGCCAAAGUCCCGCGAAGCGCCCGUCUUUGGGGAGGUUGUGGCAUCGUUGAAUGGCUAUAGUUUGUGGGGGGAGC